GGACUGGAGGGUGCACGGACAGGGCAGUGCUCGCUGGCACGGAUCUGCAGCUGCUGCUGGAGGAACCACUGCCACCGGACUGGUCAGAUGUUAUUUGGAAAGUGGACCUGGGGGCAGCAUCCCGGCAGCGCAUCCUGACGGCUUGGAAGGACAAAGUCCAACACACAAACCAUUCUCUCGGUCAGAGAGCCACCUUCCACCGGGAGCCCCUCUCUCUGCAGAUCAGUGGUAUCACCCAGGCAGAUAGCGGCAACUAUUCUGCAGAGAUUGAAAAGUCAGACGGCUCCGUUUUGAGAAAGUGCUUCCACGUGUCAGUGUGGGAUCCCGUGGGCAUCCCACGCCUGGAGACACAAGUGCUGCAGCAGGAGGAGGGACGAUGCAGGCUCCAGCUGUCCUGCACUGUGCCCGGGGCCACUGCUGUGUCCUACAGCUGGUCCCACAACACGGAGCUGCUGGGCAACGAGAGCGUGCUGCUGGUGCACGAGGAUGUCCAGCCCAAGCUCUAUGUCUGCAAUGUGAGCAACCCGGUCGGCUGGAGCACAGCCAGCAUCGACACAGCCACAGUCUGCAGCUGGACAGGGCUCUUUGAUGCCUUCCCAUGGUGGGCAGUGACCUUGCUCCUAGUGGUGGUCGUCUGCACUGCUGGCUCCAUCACCUACUGGUUAUGGAGGAGAAGGAAGAAGGACCACCUUGCAGCCCGAACCCCCCCAGCUCCCUCAGCAUACGCUGAACCGCCGCUGACUGUCUAUCAGGAGGUGGGCAGAACCCGAACUGGCCAAGAGCCCAAUGGGAACAGCGAGGCUCAUGUGGUAGGAAACACAGUCUACGCCGUGGUCCAACCCAGAGGACAGCAGAGGCCCAGAUGCCCUCAGGAGCCUGAAAGCUGCACCAUUUACUCCACUGUUCAGCAUAGGACGAAGUCCCCCUCCCUCAAGAGGAAGAAAUUGGAGCCGGCUCUGGUUUCCACCGCCUACAUGGAGGUGACGGCCCCUUUGAGACGCUGGCGCCCUCCGCCGCAGAGCACAUCCCCAUCUCCCACGGACCAACUCAUCCCCUGACCCCCGCAGGCACCCGGAGCCCUCCACCCCCCCCCCCCCCCCCCCCCGCAGCCCGGGGGCUCGCUCGGGAUGGGAGAAUCCAGACGUCGGUUUUGCAAGGACCGCAACCCCCCCUCCCCCUCCGUGUGUUGCGGGGGGCUCAGCCCUGCACCCAGCGGUUCUUCCUUUCCCCCCCCCCGCGACGUGCUCCGACGGCAAGAGAGGCUCCGGGAAGUUGUGGGGGGGGGGGGGGGGGGAAGGGAGAGGGGCUCCGGCUUCAAAACUCGCACCAAAGGCGAGAUCAAGGCUUUUAUUUGGGAUUCAAAUUAAACGUGUCUCUUUGAUGGCA